UCUGUCAACUUUAUAACGACAAAAAUUUUCCGUAAAAAUAUUUGUAAACAAAUGUGAAAAGUUUAUAAAAAUUGCGCUAGUCGUAUUGGACAAAGAAUCAAUCCAAGACACUCAUAUUCCUAUAAAUUUUGAACUUCUAAAGUCACCAGUAAGACGAAGAUGCAAAAAUCCAUAGAUAUAAUGAUAAAAUAAGAAAUGAAAGAGAGCAAAGGAGUUUAUGUAACUAAGCACAAUAUAAAAGAGGACCAGUUAAACAGAAAUUACCAGUUGUACACGAGUAAAAUAACAAGAGAUUAUAGAUACCAGACUAGUACUAGAGACGCUGGUGUCCAGUAUAAUUACAGAAGGGACAAUGUCAUAUGCACAUGCAGGAAUAUAUCUGGUUUAAGAAGGCAUCAAGAAGUGCGGUACUUUAGUGGACUUCCAAAACAGAUAUAUGCGUACCAUGGUUCGAGGAGUUUUACAGAUAUAGGAGUGGGAAGUGUGAAGGCCUUUCAGAGGAAGAAAGUGAAGAGGAUUUACUUGCCUGAGACCGACGAUCGGGGGGUAGGAAGCUCUGAUUUGUCAUCGUUUAUCAGUCGAAGAACCAGGUACUACCGAAGUAGUUUCUACAAUCACAAAAAAACAUCGUCGAAAUGCGUGGGAGGUGUGAUCGAAGGCAACACUGAUGUCCUCAACGAGAAACUGUCGCCGAUAGUGCACACCAAAUCUGGCACAACUAGUCCUAGCAUACCUUCGGUGGAAGAGAAGAAAAAUGUUGAGAUCGGGAGUAAUACACAUGAAAAGAGCUUUGUGACAACGUCAACCCAGAUACAGGAUGGGGAUGUGCAGAAAGAAGAAGACACCAAAGAAGUAAUUGAAGUCAUUGUAGAACAAAACCAAACGAAAGAUAUUUCUAGGAAAAGCACUAAAGAGAAAAAAUCGAAAGAAGGAAUCGCGACUUCAACUGAAGAACCACAUGCGAAGCGCAUAAGCAAAAGGGCACAGGAAGCCGAAAGGGUCUUUUCUUCAGAUUCUCUUGUCCAACACGUUCAUGAUUUGGAACACCCGAGCGAAGAUAAGCAAGCAAGUCCUAUGUUCAUAGAUCCCAUGGAAAACAAACUUGAACGUGAAUACAGAAAAAUGUUUAGCACGAAAUCUAAAGAAUCAAAAGAACAAAAGCCUAGUACAGACGAGAAACCUGAAGCGGAAAUGAAAAGCACUUCUGUAUUGCGACGUCGUUUCGAAGCACUGAGAAGGGGACUUGCUAAGAAGGAGGAUUCGAAAAAAAAUGCAGUUUUGGCUAAUAAAGAUUCCAGUAACGUUAGCGCACCCAGUCAUAGAGAUGUUUCUAUAGCUUCUGAUCCACCGUCAUUAGAAGCUAGGUCUUAUUCUAAUACCAAAGUUUACAGCCCGUUUCAAAAUGCAGAUCAAGACAAGGCUUCAACUUCCAAAAUGUAUAAAAAGUCUUUUAUAGGAAGGAAAGAUUGGACAAGACCUGAGGAUUAUGAUAGCGAAUGCCAAGGUGUAAAAGGCAUGUUCAAACUGUGGGGAAAGAAAUUCAAUUUAGACGACGAAGACUCUUCCCCAGGACCUUCUAUUGAUGUAUCGAAAAAGCCGAAAGAUAAAAUUCCAGCGACCGAAAGCGAGAGUAAAAAGGAAGGGAAAAAGUUUUUCUUCUUCAAGAAGAAAAGCAAAGAUAAAACUAAGCAACCGUACAAGCAGAAGAAAGGUGUAACAGCUGGUCGUUGCGAAGUCGGCGAUGGACUGAUGAUCAAAAUUGGAGCAGCAAAUAGUCCACCGGCUGAGAAAGAGAGAAAAAAGGAAAUAAAGCAGAUCCCUGAAAACUACGAAGAGAUGCUGCGGAAAGCCUGGCUUCAACAAUUCCUAGCGCAAACCAUAGAUUCAAGACCGAGCGUCAAGAUAAGAUGGAACAACAGUGCUUACGCUACUAGCAGUAGCACCGUAUUUGAAAUCAUGGAAAACGUUUACAAAGAUACUGGAGUUGUUUUCAGAUCGAAAAGUGAAGUUACCACAGGUGAAUCCUCCUAUUACAAAUCGUUCACGAAACAGCAUGUCAAUUUUGUCCAAGAUAUAGAAGCGUGGAUGAUACCAAAAUUUAUUCCAGAUAAAGCUACGCCAAUCAGAAUUGGUAAAGACGAGAAAGGAGAUAAAAAAGACAACAUCGAAGUAAGAAUAUCAGAUCAGAAAUGGUUCAUAGACAAAUCGAAGGCGUUUGCUCAAAAAAUCGAAGUUGUCCUACAUUCUAAAAACCUUGUUCCACAUCAAAAAGAUCCCAGUUCUGAGUAUUUAAGGAUAGACAUUCCCAAAGGCUUCUUUACUGAUUCUAGCAGCGAUAGCACUGGUCCAAUGCACACUAGUAACGAAGAAGUGUACAAAAUCGUAGAAUAUGAGUCACCUGAUGCAUCUAAUAAUUUUCUUAGAAGAAACAGAAAUAUUGAAGUCGGAGAUCAUUUGAAUAAAGACAUCAAAGUAACAGUAAGUGUGAAGGAUAGCAAAGAAUUUGAAUCGAAUAUUCUAGAAACUGUUAUAAAGAGACCGCCAAUUCACAGGGAUGUGGUCAUACAAGGCAGUAAUGUGUAUAUUCCGAAAAGAUGCAAUGUUAUUGGAGUUGGCAUUAUUACACAAAAAGAUAUCACGAGAAUGAGAAAACCUAUAUUAAAAAUUCAAGACGACUAUUCGGAGGAAGACUCGGAUCACACAGUUAAUCAUACCCACAACAAAAGCAAAUUUGCAGAGAGCUACCUUCAAGAAUACUACCGUCAUUGGACACCGUUGGGCAUCGACUUCUUCUCGUGGUGCGUCAGCGAUUCACAUUUGCAAUGCUGCUCAGAGAACUCGCACACGACUGUGAAUAAUCAAGGAGACGGGUCUAAGUCCUGCCCAAACAUUUACGAUGAUUACCAAGCAUCUACAGUCAUCUCCUCGUGUGGAACAUCCUGCUGCAGCCAUUGCGGCCCAUGGGAAGAAGAACCGAAGAGGGAAGACCUUAUGACAAAAUUCUUCAGCAAAUUCCGGUCGAAAUGCAAAUCAGAACCUCCAAACAUCGGUUCUGCCAAAAGAAUCCUUCCAAAAGAUUCUUUGGAAGUUUUUAAACGGAGAAAAAUUUACGCAGCGAGCAACAAAUCUAACUGGGUAUGCUCUGACGAUAGACCGUACUCCAUUCCGAGUAUUGAAAGCAAAGGAGCUCAGGAUACGUUGACAGACUGCCCAAAAUUAAAGAAGACAUGUUACAAACCACCAGAGUCGAAGCCAAAGAAGAAAGUUUGUAGAAAACACGUCUCGUUGCAAGAUUGCGACACUAUGAAUGAAUCUUUAGCAGAACAGUUAGCUGAUAAAUGUCCACCAGGGAUAUUGUCGUUCAAGGGUGCCUCGAAAUGUGAUGUUUGUAAUAAAAAAGGCGGGGUGUGUCCGAAACACCCGAAAGUAAUUCCAGCGCCAACAUGUGCGAUUCCACCGCCAAACCAGCCUUGCAAGGAGCCGCCGAAAAAGCCUCCGUGUCCUUCGCCCCCGAUGUCGCCAUGUCCAUCGCCACCUAAGUCGCCUUGCCCGUCGCCACCUAGGUCACCUUGCCCGUCACCACCUAAGCCCCGGUGCCCGACACCACCUAAGCCUCAGUGCCCAUCACCACCUAUGUCACCGUGUCCUUCACCUCCUCCAACGCCUCCCUGCGGCUCACCCAAGAGAUCUGAAGUGCGUAUCGCUUCACCCUGCGUUCCUAGUCCACCCUGCAUGCCUAGUCCUCCAUGCCCACCCAGAAAGCCAGCCAGAUGCGGUUCACCAUGCUCGCCGCCCAUACCGCCCUGUAAACAGAAAUCGCCACCGUGCACGCCGCAUAUGUCUAAACGAAAGCCUCCACCGUGUUCGCCACCUCCCUGUUCAACUCCAAAAAGGAGGUCAUGCCCUCCAUCUCCACCUUGUCUAGCUCCGAAAAAAAGAUCAUGUCCCCCGUCUCCACCGACAUGUCCACCGUCACCUCCACCUUGUCCGCCGUCGCCUCCACCUUGUCCGACCCCGAAAAGAAGACCUUGCCCUUCCCCGCCCCCUUGUCAAACUCCAAAAAAGAAACCUUGUCCCCACUCGCCCCCUAGAUGUCCUCCGUCACCACCUCCUUGCCCCACUCCAAAGAGGAAGCCUUGUCCUCACUCCCCACCAGUAUGCCCCCCUUCACCUCCCCCUUGCCCCUCUCCUCCAAAAAAGAAACCCUGUCCCCAUUCGCCACCGUGUCCACCCUCGCCUCCCCCUUGCCCCUCACCUCCGAAAAAGAAACCCUGUCCGCACUCGCCACCGUGCCCACCUUCGCCACCCCCUUGCCACACUCCAAAACGAAAGCCAUGCCCACAUUCACCACCUCCUACUCCACCGCCUUGUCCCACUCCAAGAAGAAAACCCUGCCCACCUUUACCACCAAAAUGUCCUCCAUCACCGCCUUCCUGUCCAUCAACACCCCCAUCCUGCCCACCAACGCCCCCUCCAUGUCCUUCGCCACCCAAAAGAAAAACAUCCCCACCUUGCCAAACGUCCCCACCCCCCCUGCAAAGGCAAAGUCAUGCCCGGACCCAAGUCACAAUGCAAGAAAGCGUCACCCUCGCCGUCAUGUAGAAAUGCACCGAAGAAUAAAAAGAAGAAGUCACGGUCACCUUCGCCGUGCUCCCCACCACCUACACCUCCGUAUCAGUACGAUCCUUGUCCCCCUAGACCGCCCCCUCCACCCCCUUGUCCCCCUAAACCAAAACCCCCUUCCAGAUGUGACACUCCUCCCUGCACCCCACCUCCACC